AUAUUAGGCGAUUGGCAUUUUUACUACGAACCGGCUUCUUCUCUACCACGUUGCCGCUCUGUUUACAAACACAGGACAUUGUAUAUGUACGUUCACUACCGCUCGGUUGGUGUUUCGAGGAUUUUAGCCGUUUUGAAGGGAAAAAACUGCCUUUCUGUGUUUCUUCUAGUGGAUAAGAAGCGAGGGAUUCAAAAAGGUCGUCAAGCUCAUCAACUUGCUUCUAGUCUGCCAUUUUCGAAACUGAGAGUGAAUGAAAAUAGGCCUACUUCCAAUCUUGGACACAACAUACCGGAAUAAACGGUUUUGUCUUUGACUGACGGUUUAUUAGCUGGCUUUGUAUCAAAAUUAGUUAUAAGGGGAUUUCCCCGAAAAAUAUUCCAGGAGAAGUGAUAUUGACGAGGAGGAAGGAAGGAAUUAGGGAAGUGAGGAAAUUUACGAAGAAAACAACUUGGCACCUCGUGUUCGUCUCUUCGAAAUAUCCCUUUACUGCGAAUUAUCAUUAUGCCAAAUACAUGACGUUAUUAUAUCAGUGAAAUAUAAUACCGAUCUGUAAACGGAGUGAAGACAGAGAAAUUGAUAAGACAAUGAACAGCGAUUCAAGCUCUGUACUAAUUAAGCAUAAGUAUUGAAACUAAAGUUGAAUUCGAAGCAAGAAUACUGAAUAUUGCCGAUCGGAAGCUCGUGCAGUCUGGAUAAAAUAGGGUCUGUUUGAAUUGAUAGAAAUUAAGAAAUAAGGAAAACAAGAAGCAGAAGUAGAAGAAGACGAAGGAAAAAACACAAACACGACAAAACAGAACGAACGAACAAACGAAAAGACAGUUGCUUGUUUAUUACGGAAGUCAUCGACGUCGCGACAAUGGGGAAGUCAAAGUCAAAAACAAACAGCAUUGAAUACGCCUCGGACAAUAUGAACGGCGAGGUCAAACUCAAACGCGAAUUCGGACUCUUCGGAGGGACCUGUUUCAUCGUUGGAGGCAUGAUCGGUUCGGGAAUCUUCGUCUCGCCUGUCGGCAUUCUUCGGGAAACCGAAAGCGUGGGAAUGAGUCUCAUCAUCUGGCUUCUCUGUGCAUUUCUAGCGCUGGGAGGUUCCCUCUGUUACGCUGAGCUUGGUACCAUGAUCCCCAAAUCGGGCGGGGAAUACGCCUACCUCUUGGAGGCCAUGGGUGCGCUACCAGCCUUCUUGUUCUCCUGGACCUUCACCCUCGUGAUACGCCCAGCAACGGUUGCUAUCGUGUGCCUCAUCAUGGGUACCUACACCGCGGAAUACAUCACCAAUAGUGAUUGCGUUGAUAAUGAUUUCUUGGCCCGGAUAUUCGCAAUCAUGGCACUAUUGAUCCUGACCUUCAUCAAUUGUACUAGUGUGAAAGCGGCCAAUCAAAUCCAGAUCUGGUUCACCAUUGCCAAGCUUAUCGUGUGCGCAAUCAUCAUUGUCAUUGGCUUCAUCAAAAUCGGAAAAGGUAAUACGGAGUUCAUUAACCCCCAGACAUCAUUUAAGCAUAGCUCACCGGAUGGGUUAUCAUACGCUUUGGCGUUUUAUCAAGGACUUUGGGCGUAUGAAGGAUGGAGUUUUCUCAAUUCUUUGACAGAAGAGUUAAAAAAUCCGCGAAGAAAUCUUCCAUUAUCAUUGAUGAUUGGGAUUCCUUUCGUUGCCUUGGUAUAUAUCUGCAUGAAUAUCGCAUACUUCACCGUCAUCACUCCAGAGGAGAUGUUAGCAUCGAAGGCAGUCGCAGUCACUUUUGCACACCGCACAAUGGGUGGUUUCGCUUGGAUAGUUCCGGUCGGUGUUUGCAUGUCAACUUUUGGAGCAGCGAACGCGAGUUUGUUUACAGCCGGGAGGUUACCCUUCGUAGCAGCAAGAGAAGGUCAUAUGGCUCAGAUUUUGGGCAUGGUACAUGCAAAGAGACUUACACCGCAACCUGCAGUUAUGUCCGUGACGGCGAUCGCCUUGGCUUUGAUCUGUAUUGGAGACUUCAACGGACUUCUCAACUACUUUAGUUUCGCUGUUUGGCUUUUCUACAGUCUCACUGUGUUAUCCCUAAUGAUGAUGCGAUAUACACAUUCUCACUGGGAACGCCCCAUUAAGGUUCCCAUCGUGAUACCAAUCAUCUUUUUCUGUGCAUCCCUCUAUCUUAUCUUCGCCCCAAUCAUCAACACACCUGAGAUCGAGUUCCUCUACGCGUUUAUCUUCAUCGUAUUCGGCAUAUUUGUCUUCUUUGUCUUUGUGUGGUACAAGCUCCAAGUCAAAGGAAUGGAUUCAAUGACGAAAUUCCUGCAGAAGUUGUUAUAUGUUAUCCCUACCAGCUAUAAUGGAAAAGACGACGAGCAGAAGACACCAUUAUGAGGAAAAGAAUUAUCGCAAACCAUUAAAAUUCUUUAAAAAGAUAGAUUCGACAGUCAGAAAAUCCAACGAAAUUUCUCUGCAGAGUGCAGACAGUUCUAUGGGCCUAAUAAUAUAAUCACUUAUAUAAGGACCUAUAUAAGAACUAUGUGCACGUGGAAAACAACAGUUUACAUCUAAUGCAACAAUAAGCACACAAAGAAUAUGAAGGAAAAAAAUGAUUAAAGAUAAAAAUAAAUCACACUAUACGUGAUUGUAACCCUGAGACAAUGAAAAUUCACUCUAUUUUCACUCUCCAGAGAAGUAAAGUUUUAGUGACCACUCGAUUUUUUUUUAUUACCAAUGUUGGAAGUUAUAGAAGUGCGCAGUGUUGCCAUUUUGCGAGAUACCACCGUGUAAUUUGUGCCGUGGAAUUAUGUUCGUGAAUUGAUGAGCAUUAUCCGUCCUGUACAUAUUUCAGAGAUAUAUUUUUGGUCGUAGUACAGGGUGUGAUAUGAAAGAGCAAUAUGAAUUAUUAUUAAUGGUUUUUAGGUAUUCAUUACAUGUAAAAUGAGCCUAAAUUCAAAUAAAAUCCCCCUUUUUUCAUGGCCUUGAAUACAGUGAUAAAACCUUAGAAAUGAAGGAGUUAGUUUCUCAACUUUUUUUUAAAAUUCUAAGUUAGCAGCGUCACCCAAAAAUUAUAUUUACAAAAACAUCUGUUUACGCCUAUUUGUAAAUUAAUUUUAUAAUGUCUUAAAAUCUUCUUAAUUCCCUUUGAAAAGGUACACGCGAUUUCUAACCUCACUAAGUUUACAACAUGUAAUAUUCAUUUGUGCUUGCUACUUUGUUUUGUCACUGAUGAUAAUGCCAUUUCUUUUCCAUUGCCAAAAUGGUUAUGUUAUGGUCUACUUAUGUUGGUGUAAAGAAGUAUACUACAAACAAAUAAUGACUGAUUUGAGGGGCGCAUUAAAAACUAUUGCCAAAGAUAAUCUCAAAGCUGUACUGUACGAAAGGAAGACGACAAAGAAGAAGAAACAAAGUGGGAAAAGAAGAAGAAAGAAGAAACUGGAAAAGCCUAGCUCAUCUGCACUAGUGAACAGGAGGGAUUAGACCACGCUGCAAGGUCACUGGACAGGUGGUUAUCUCAUCAACUCAGCUCUCAAUUGACAUAAGAAAAAGAGGAUCAUGGGGGGACCAAUGGUCACCGACUAGGCAUUGUUUUCUGAAUAGAGGGCGCAAGUAGCUACAAGUAGUAAAGUGUGGCAUUAACUUAAUCUACCUUUUCGUUCUUCCAACCCUGCAUCAUUCUUGUGUUGCCAAUUUAGAAAACACAAAAACAGUAAAGAGUACAUCUCAAAAUAGAUUGGGAACGUGUACACUGACUAUUAGCCAAGUGGGCCGACACCCGCAUGUACUAUGAAGAAUAUGUACAUAAUAUAUAUUAUAUAAAUGCAUUCCUGCAACGGUUGUGCGACUCCUUUGGCAGGAAAUGCCAGUAGAAAGUUAUGUUACAUCAUGUACAUAAUCUAUAUAAUCUAAAUAGAGAUCAUGUCAAAGUACAACAGAUUUUUUUUACUGAAUAUUACUGCUGCAUGAAAUAUCAUUUAUUUGGCGUAAUUUCGUUGCAUUCAUUUUACAUCGGAAACAGGGGAACUAUAUCAUUCUUGAAAACUUGUAUAUUGUCUUCCAAAGUUAUCAUUCUCUUCGAUGUGCGAAUAAUCGAUCUUGAUAAUAGUUAGCAUCCAAAACGUACGGUACUAUAUACUCGACGCCGUGUGGGCGCCAUUUUACCACUCCUCUUAUCCGCAGGGGCUUUACCUUUUGCGGAUUAUGUGAAUCAAUGGGCUAUCCAUGUAAAUAUUGUGAUCAAUGGGUUUUAUUUAUUUCCCUUAUAGGUGCUCUUUGUACAGGUUAUUAAAAAUAUAUUUAAGUGGGCUUUGAAAUUGUUAUACUGUUAUUCGUCAUUAUAUUAUACCGACAAUUUCGGCACCUUUAAUUUUUAAACCAUUGUUUUAAGAAAUGAUGUACAGGUAUUUAUUAAUAAAUGUAUGAAUGUUUGCCUUUAUUCCAGUGUAUUUAUAUUUGUAUUCGCACAAAGUGCUUGAUGCUUGUUUAUCAUAUAAUACGUAUAAUUGUGUUAUGUAUUACAUGCAUGUGCAUAUAUUAUAUACAUGUAUACGGUAUCUUUUUGAUGACGUCAGUGCGGUGAAUGGCUUGCAAUCAUUGCAAUGGCAGUUCUGUAAUAAUGAUAUCAAUUGGUCUGGCAAUUAAGUGAUUGUUAAGACCAGUAACUUAAAAUCGCAUUCGCAAAAAGCUCAAAGCAUGUACAUAGAUGAAAACCUUGCCUGUGUUAAUGUAUGUAUUUCAUUGGAUGAUAUCGGUGUGUUGUCUGUUAAUGACCAGCAAAUUUUUGCAAAUAGCUCCAAGCAUGUACGUAAAAGGAUACCUUGUCUGCGUGUGGAAAUUCUGAAAUAUCAGAACUGAAUAUACUAUUGCAUGGUGUAAAUAUUUGACGAUGUGUCAUACAUACACAUACACCUAACCGGGCAGACAUAUAACUAGAUUUCUUAUUGCUCAUUCAUAUGUUUGCGAUAUAUUACAGAACAAAUGUUGUUAUCAACGUAAACAUGGUGUAAAUACUUGGCGAUGUGUCGUACAUAAAAGUACAAAAAGUACACCCUUCGUAAUGUCCUCUUUAACCCCCCUCAAAAAAGUAAUAAUAUUUAUCAUAAUAAUAUAUGUAUAUGGCUGGUGCAAUGAAAUUAAUAUUUAUUGUUUCAGAUAUGUUAAUUGUCCAAUUGGUAACUGGAAUACAUUUUAAUGAUAUGAUCAAGUCAUCAUUUGUAAAUUGUUUAAAUCUAGAAAUGGAAAUGAUUUAUAAUUCGAUGUACACUAUCUAGUGUAAAAUCCCCCGAAGCAAAUGUAAUAUAUAGGGGUGUAUGCUGUAUAUAAAAACAAGUGAUAACAUUUGUGAAUUGUGAAGCAAUAAACAUUGGGAUUCACUUCCAAUUAAAGUAAGAUGUUUGUGAUGUAUGCGAUAAUGUAUGUAUACAUUACACACCAGUGCCCCCUUCCAAGUUAUGCGCGUUAUGAUAAAUGUAUACAUUCAUAAAUGUAUAAAUAUAUUUGGAAAAUCAAUCUUGCUUUAUAAUAAAAGUGUCAUCCAAAGUGAA